AAAUGGCCGAUUGAGAAGCAAUGGUUUCUGCUCUGUAGUGUGAGGAACAAAAAAUGAAAAACCUUAGCAUUCUCUGUCGAUUCACUCGUUCAAUUCAGAGAAAUAUGCUCUGCUCAGUUGCUGGACUUGUCCACAAUACCCGUCAUGCCUUCUCCACUUUACGAGAGGAUCCAGAAUUAGACGAAAUGAUGGAGUUUUUGGACAGUCUCAAGAACUUCGAGAAGUCAGGGGUUCCCAAAGGCGCAGGAACAGAUUCCGAAGAUGGUUUUGAUUUAGGAAGAAUGAGACGAUUGAUGGGACUAAUGGGUAAUCCCCAAUCUAGGUUUAAGACUGUUCAUAUUGCUGGAACAAAAGGAAAAGGAUCAACAGCUGCAUUCCUCUCAAGUAUACUGCGGGCAGAAGGCUAUUCUGUUGGUUGCUACACAAGUCCACAUAUACAGACUAUCAGGGAGCGCAUAACCUUGGGAAAAUGGGGUGAGCCAGUAUCAGCCAAGGCAUUGAAUCAUCAUUUCAAUACAAGGAGGGAGGUUAUUGAAAGGGCAGUGAAACUUGAGAAUGGAUGUCUCAGUCAUUUUGAGGUUUUUACUGCUAUUGCGUUCAGCCUAUUUGCUGAAGAAAAUACUGAAAUUGCAGUUGUGGAGGCUGGAUUGGGUGGAGCACGAGAUGCCACUAAUGUUAUUUCGGGUCCUGAUCUUGCUAUAUCAAUCAUAACCACUGUUGGCGAGGAACAUCUGGAUGCACUUGGGGGCUCUUUGGAAAGUAUAGCGGUGGCAAAAUCAGGAAUAGUUAAAAAUGGGCGUCCACUAGUUAUAGGAGGUCCAUUCGUUCCAUCUAUUGAGUACAUUCUUCGUAGGAAAGCAUCUUCUAUGUCUUCACCAGUGGUAUCAGCAUCUGAUCUGGGAAAUAGAAGCGCUUUGAAAGGCUUCUGUGAAGUGACUGGCAUACCACGCCAAUUAUGUGACAUAGUGCUUCAGAUUGAGAAGGACUAUGAUCUGUCUAUUGAACUUCUAGGUGUGAAAUUACGCAUGCUUGGAGCUCACCAACUUCAGAACGCUGUAACUGCUACAUGUGCAGCAUUAUGCCUUAAUAAGCAAGGAUGGAGUUUGUCCAGUGGAGCUAUUCGUACUGGUCUGGAGAGUGCAUUUUUGCAAGGCAGAACCCAAAUAUUGUCUUCAGAAGAAGCUAAUUUACUUGGAGUAUCAGGAGCAACUAUACUACUUGAUGGAGCACAUACGAAGGAAUCUGCCAGGGCUUUGGAAAACACAUUGCAGAUGACAUUUCCGAAGGCAAAAAUGGUUCUUGUGGUUGCUAUGGCGAAUGACAAGGAUCAUCUAGGUUUUGCAAGAGAGUUAAUUUCAGUUGGGGAUUUGGAUGCUGUAUUUUCUACAGAAGUUGACAUCGCUGGUGCUAAAUCAAGAAUGGCUUCAGCAUCUUUGUUGAAAUGUUCUUGGGUCAAUGCUUCGAGAGAGAUGAAUAUGAAGGUUCUUGACCUCAAAGUUGCAGAAAGUGAGGAUCAAUCACUUCAAGCUGCAGGGAUAGUGAAAUCUCAAAGUAUUUUACUUGCGGAGGGAUCAUUAUUGGCUUGUAUAAGGGCUGGUGUUAAGAUCCUUAAUGAAAGAGCUGGAGAACAACCUGGAAUUUUAGUAGUCACGGGUUCUUUGCAUAUUGUUUCCGCUGUUUUAGGCUACUUGCACAGCUGACUCCUAUUUGAGCCAUUUGAUGAGUUGAGUUCUAAAAUGAACUUAGGAGGUUCAGAGUCCUGAAAUUGUUGUGCAAAAGUUGAAUAGCUGAACUGUGGAUGACUGGAUGAUUCCUUGGCUCUCACUUUGGUCCUAUGAAUGUAAAAUUUUUUACGAUAAUGACACGUGGUUUUUGAAUAUGUAUCUCCUUGCAGCCCAGUUGUUGAUGCCAAUUUAACUCAUUACAUGGAUCUCUCUGGCUUCUG